GUUCUUCUAAUGUUUAGCGUGUAUCAAGUAGUUACGUUCGUUCUAGAAUCUAGAUGGAAUUCCGUGUUGUGAUUGAAUAAAAAGUUAUUAUUUUUCGAUUUCAAUAUUACGAGAUUUCUAAGGCAAAUUUUUAUUUUCUAAUUGAUCUAUAAAUACACCUAGAUGCUCAACGUAAUUAUUAUUUCUGUGACUGUGAGACCGAAAAGUCGCUUUUCAUAAAUGUUUGUUCGGAACUUCGUUGUGUCUGUAUGAUAAUUGUCAUAAAUAUUCGAUUAUUGCGUAUAAUAAGUACAGAGUGUUUUGUUGCCACCGUACUACACAGUUUACAUUGUUCGUAAAUCGACUUUAUUCCAUCAUCCCCAAGUGUAUAAUAAUUUCCAGUUAACAGUGGUGCUCGCAAAACUUUAUACCGAAAACUUUAAAACGCAAAAACUUUUCCCCAAAGUAAUUUUUCUUAUUUCCGUGCUUGUGAACAUCAUCGGUGUAAAACCUUAAGCCAAUUCGCCACAUUGCUUAACACAAUAAUUUACAUUAUAAAAUGAAACUUUGUAUCGUUGCUGCAUUAAGUUUGGUGACGAUAUGUUCGACGGUUAAUAAAAUUAGUGGUAGAACGUCGAAUCAACUUCGUGUUAGUUUACCCAAUGGCAGUAAAUUGGUUGGAAGACAUUUGCGGUCGCAUGAUGGAAAAGGAAUACGAGCUUUUAUGGGUAUACCAUAUGCGGAGCCACCUGUUGCAGAUUUACGAUUUCGGGCACCAGUAAUGGCUAAACCAUGGUCUGGAGAGCGGCUAGCAGUAAAAGAUUCUGAUAUAUGCACCCAAAGAGAUCCAUUUCGGCGAGACGUUGAAAUCGAAGGUAGUGAAGACUGCCUAUAUCUAAAUGUGUACACUCCUCAAUUUCCGCAAUCGGAUAAACCACUGGAAGUGAUGGUAUUUUUCCAUGGCGGUGGUUGGCAGUGUGGCUCAGGAAUUAGCGCAUUUUACGGACCUGAUCAUUUGAUGGACCACGACAUUAUUUAUGUUGGUGUCAAUUUUCGGCUAGGACCAUUGGGAUUUCUGAGUACGGGUCAAGAAGAUUGUCCAGGAAACAAUGGCCUCAAAGAUCAGACAAUGGCUUUACGAUGGAUUCAGGAGAAUAUUGGAGCAUUCGGUGGAGAUAAGAAUAAAGUAACCAUAUUUGGAGAAAGUGCCGGAGGAGCUAGUGUCACUUACCACAUGAUGUCACCAUUAUCCAAAGGCCUAUUUCAAAAGGGAAUAUCACAGUCGGGCACGAAUUUGGAUCCAUGGGCUCAGCCGGCGCACGAAAACGUUGCACCGACACGAGCCGCUAGGCUCGGAGAAAUAGUUGGUUGUCCGAAGAAUGGAAACGACUGGUCGGGUAUGAUAAAGUGUCUGAGGACUGUUGAUGCAGCUGAUAUCACCAAGGCGUUCUAUGACUUUUUCGAGUGGGACACCGACCCAAUGAUACCGUUUCCGCCGGUCGUUGAACCAGAUUUACCUGGCGCAUUUAUUACACAACAUCCGAGAGAUGUGUACGAACCGCACGCUAUUUCAAUACCAUGGAUGACUGGUUUGACAUCGGACGAAGGAGCAAUGAAGUCAGCACCAAUAAUUAAUCUACCGGCAUUGUACACAGACUAUAAUGCAAAUACGGCAAAAGCGUUGCCCGUCGCCCUCAAUUAUAAUCAUCACGGCAACGAUGUACAAACGACAAUCACGAAAAAUAUACAAAAAUAUUACUUCAACAACGGAAAAUUGUCAAAGGAAACCCAUCAAAAUCUGACAAAUUUAUUCACAGACGGCUGGUUCUUGGCGGGAAUGGAUGAAUAUUUAAGAAUUCGGCUACUCGGUGGAAAUAAACGAACAUCUAAACCGGGACCGACCUAUGUUUAUUUGUUUUCACACAAGGGACAGGCAAGCUUCACCGAAAUAUUUGAGGGUGGCAGAGAGAAUUUUUAUGGUGCAUGCCAUGCCGAAGAAUUGCAGUAUCUGUUUCCGAUCGGAAAGGAACUUUUCAUCAGCGCUGCACCGACAAAAAGUGAUACAGAGAUACGAAAGGCUAUAACCGAGCUUUGGGUGAAUUUUGCUAAGACCGGUAACCCAACCCCACCAGAAGCGAAUCUACCCAAGUGGAAAGCAACCAAAGGUUAUCCGUUAGACUAUUUACGAAUCGGGAACAUGUACAAAGAGGACAGUCCUUUAAUUGAUAUGGAAAUUGGAUUAAUGGACGAACGAGCUGAAUUCUGGCGGAAAUUGCAAGCUCAUUCAGGUGCAAGGAAUGAUUUAAAGGACGAAUUGUAAAUGGUUGCAGUAAUGUAAAGCGAGCAAAACUUUCUUUUUUUUGUUAGCGAAUCAUG